AUGGCGGAGAUACUUCUCCAUGGGACUCUACAUGCUGCGAUCUAUGAGGUUGAUAAGAUUCAUGGCUAUGGCGGUGGUCGUAAUAUAUUUGGGAAGCUUAUGGAUAACAUAGAGGAGACUGUUGGUUUGGGGGAUGGAACUCCAAAAAUAUAUGCAACAAUUGAUCUAGAGAAAUGCAGAGUAGGACGAACUAGAAUUAUUGAAAACGAGCCUGAAAACCCAAAAUGGGAUGAAUCUUUCCACAUUUAUUGUGCUCAUUCAGCUUCUAAUGUAAUCUUCACCGUUAAAGAUGACAAUCCGAUUGGUGCAACCUUAAUUGGAAGAGCUUACAUUCCUGUUGAAGAUCUGUUAGAAGGAGAAGAAGUAGAUAGAUGGGUUGAGAUCUUGGAUGAGGACAAAAACCCUGUGGAAUCCGGUUCGAAGAUCCAUGUUAAACUACAGUUUUUCGAUGUUACUCGAGAUCGUAACUGGGCUCGUGGCAUUAAGAGUUCGAAGUAUCCGGGAGUCCCAUAUACGUUCUUUUCUCAAAGACAAGGUUGUCGGGUUUCGUUGUAUCAAGAUGCUCACGUUCCCGAUAAUUUCAUCCCGAACAUAGCUCUUUCGGGUGGCAAGAAUUACGAACCCAGUCGAUGUUGGGAAGAUGUAUUUGAUGCAAUUAGUAAUGCAAAACACUUCAUUUAUAUUACUGGAUGGUCUGUUUAUACUGAGAUCUCUUUAAUAAGGGAUUCAAGAAGGCAGAAGCCUGGAGGAGAUUUGACACUUGGUGAGUUGUUGAAAAAGAAAGCAAGUGAAGGUGUUAAGGUUCUUAUGUUGGUUUGGGAUGACCGGACGUCCGUGGAUGUAUUGAAAAAAGAUGGAUUGAUGGCUACCCAUGAUGAAGAUACUGAAAACUUUUUUCAAGAUUGUGAUGUUCACUGCAAUUUAUGCCCAAGGAAUCCUGAUGAUGGUGGAAGUUUCAUUCAGGAUCUCCAGAUAUCCACCAUGUUCACUCAUCACCAGAAGAUCAUAGUGGUUGAUUCCGAGAUGCCAAAUGAGGGAUCCGAAAGACGGAGGGUGGUGAGUUUCGUUGGCGGACUUGAUCUCUGCGAUGGUCGAUACGAUUCUCCGUUCCAUUCGCUUUUCCGAACAUUGGACACUGUUCAUCAUGAUGAUUUCCACCAGCCGAACUACGCCGAGGCCGCCAUAACUAAAGGCGGACCACGGGAGCCGUGGCAUGACAUCCACUCGCGGCUUGAAGGACCGAUUGCUUGGGAUGUGUUGUUUAAUUUCGAGCAGAGAUGGAAAAAGCAAGGCGGGAAAGACGUAUUGGUUAACUUUAGAGAACUUGACGACAUUCUAAUCCCGCCUUCUCCGGUCAUGUUUUCUGACGACCAAGAUUCAUGGAAUGUUCAGCUGUUUCGGUCCAUCGAUGGUGGAGCGGCUUUUGGGUUCCCGGACACACCAGAAGAGGCGGCGAAGUCAGGGCUUGUUAGCGGGAAAGAUAACAUAAUUGACCGAAGUAUUCAGGAUGCUUAUAUCCAUGCCAUCCGGCGAGCAAAGAACUUCAUUUAUAUCGAAAACCAGUAUUUUCUUGGAAGUUCUUUCGGUUGGGAAUGCGAUGAUAUUAAGGUCGAGGAUGUUGGUGCAUUGCACUUGAUCCCGAAAGAGCUUUCAUUAAAGAUCGUUAGUAAGAUUAAUGCCGGAGAAAAGUUUAGCGUCUACGUUGUUGUUCCUAUGUGGCCUGAAGGGAUCCCAGAGAGCGCUUCUGUUCAGGCAAUACUCGAUUGGCAAAGGAGGACGAUGGAGAUGAUGUACAAAGAUAUCAUUCGGGCUCUACAAGAUAACGGUCUCGAUGAUGACCCGAGAGAUUAUCUCACUUUCUUUUGCCUCGGAAAUCGAGAGGCGAAGACGAGUGGCGAGUAUGAACCUUCGGAAGCACCUGAAACAGAUUCUAAUUACCACAAAGCUCAGGAAGCCCGACGCUUCAUGAUCUACGUUCAUGCCAAAAUGAUGAUCGUUGAUGACGAAUACAUAAUAGUUGGAUCUGCCAACAUCAACCAACGAUCAAUGGACGGUGCACGAGAUUCCGAGAUAGCCAUGGGAGCUUACCAACCUCAUCAUCUCGCUACCCGAACACCUGCAAGGGGCGAGGUCCACGGAUUUCGUAUGGCGUUAUGGUAUGAACAUCUCGGAAUGCUUGACGACAGCUUCCAGCACCCAGAGAGCACCGAAUGCGUGAAACGGGUGAACCAAAUUGCUGACAAAUACUGGGAUCUGUUUGCCAGUGAGAAUCUCGAAACCGAUCUUCCUGGUCACUUGCUUCGAUACCCCAUCGGUGUUACUAGUGACGGGAAUGUGACCGAACUGCCGGGAACCGAGUUUUUCCCAGACACAAAUGCACGCAUUCUUGGCGUGAAGUCAGAUUACCUUCCUUCAAUUCUAACUACCUAAGAAGGUACGUCAGUUCACCUAUUUUGCAUCACUUCUGAUAAAUAACUGUUUUACUCUUUGAGGGUAGAGGUCAGGUUUGCAUACAUCUAACUAGUUACAAUCCACCUCCGUGUGGAUAUACUGUAAUGGGUGGUUUGGUUUUAUAAAGUUAUAACUCUUGUUUGCUUACAUUACUAGUGAUUAUGACUUAAGAAUAAUUAAGUGGCUUUUUUCUAUGUUUAAUAAAUGUGUUAAGAUAUGUACACUUUGUGUACUAACGAACAAAUGC